CAUGUUUGGGAAGAAGAAGAAGAGGAAGAGGAGGAAGAAGAAGAGGGUAAACAGAGUGGAAGAAGUCUUUAUAAUAGCGUUUUGGGGGCUGAGGAUAGUGUGCCAGCCCUCCCUGACGGCCAGACCCAUGACGGCAGCCCCCCCGCCGGCGUAGUGGAGGAAAGGAGGAGCUGAGAGAGACGCACCAUUGCCAUGAACUUCCCAGAGGUACGAGCCAUGGGCGGCGUAGGGUUAGGGGGCGCAGGACUACCCCCCACCCACACCCCGACCACCCCCACACCCACCCAAACAGACUCCAGCCUUCCCCCAGUACCCCCACCAGUCCCGUCACCCCCCGAGGCCACCCCGUAUCUAAGUUUCCAGAGCACCCCAGGCCUGUCCUCCCCACCUGCCGUCUCCCACCCCAGCAUAGCGACCAUGUGGGGUAUCGGGGGGUUCACGACGCCCCCCAUGCCCACCCCGCCCCCCGUAGUCUGCCCCAACACCAUCGCCUCAACACUGGGUAUUCCGCAGAUGCCAAAUGUGACGUAUUUUAACUCCCGUGCUCCCAUGGGCUUCAAUUUUAGAAUGGCCGGGAGUCUCAAUGGAGUCCCUUAUGUGUUCAAACGCAAGCCAGAGGAGGAACCGGAGGAAAUCAAGCAGGUGGCCAAGCAGCACAUCAGUGAGGAGAGGAUGAUGGCCCACCUCAACUCCCUCCACCUAUCAGACCGCUACUGCAACCACCGCCUCGGGAAGGGCAAGGUGAGGCUAAGGCGGAAGGGCGGUGUAACUGUGGCUGGAGUGACAGGUGGAGCAGGGGGCGGAGCAGGUGACAUAGACGAGGAUGAAGGUCUCGGGGGUGAAGGGGCGAUGUCGCUGGACGGCUCACCCAUCAUCGCCUCUGCCUCGGACCUGCAGGGAGCGCCGCGCCUGGUUAUCGCCGAUGAGGUGAAGCGGAUAGUGCCAGGAGAGUCCAAGCUGCCUGAGUCCAUCCUGAAGAAGCUGACCCAGCCCAGCAUGGAGGUUGUCCUGUGGCAGCCUCCCACCAACAUCCUGCGCACUGUCAUCCCUCCGAGCAUCGACAACCAGAUCAAGGCAUCCCAGAGCACCACCACCACCGCCACCACCUCCACCUCCUCCGCCACCACCUCCACCGUCUCCUCUAACGUCGUCUCCAGCACCACCUCCUCCUCGUCCUCAUCCCCCGACUCCGGCAUCUCCAUCACCUCACCUCCACCAGCGAGCGACUCCUUUAUCGGGCGGAACUCAAGCAUCGUUUCGCCCUCCAUAUCCACCGCCCUGAACGAAGCUGUGGCCGCCGCUGCUGCUCGUGCUGGUGGUGGUGGCGGAGGCAGCUGUGUCACGUCCCCACAAGGCUUCCCCAGCCCGUCAAAUGACCCUAACCUGUCUCUCGGGGCUGUUGGUAGUGGGGGUUCUGGUGGUGUCUCCGGGAACUUCGCCGCACCAUCCGCAGAGCUUGGCCUGGACCUCCUCUCCCUGCCAUCCACCUCCUCAGGGUCCCGGGGCAGUGGCUUCCUUCCGCUGCCCCUCCGCCGCCCCGCCAGUCCGCUCCCAGACCCAAUGGCGGAUGAUGAUUUCUCCGAGCGGAUGGAGUUCAAUAACAACAAUGGUAACGCGCCUAACUUCAUGUGGCUUGAGGAGAACAACAACACGGCUCUUAUGGAUCUGAACGCCGUUGAGCCACAGCGAGCCGCCGCAGCCGCCCCAGCCGCCGCCCCCGCCCAGCUGCCACCACAGCCGCCACUCCCCGAGGAUCUGCCGGAUUUCCCCGACUCUGAUGAUAUGGAUUUAUAACACUGCCGUCUUCAUUGUCACCGCCACUCCAGCCGCCAUGUGUGACCUCCCUCGGCCACCACUGCCCUAAGUUACCGAAUCUACCUAUAGGGUGGCAGGUCUUGUUAGUAGUGGUCUGUGCACACACACACACACACACACACACACACACACACACACACACACACGCACGAAAGGCUGGUCGGGAAAGAAAGCAAGCGAGUGUGUGUUCCAAGGUAUAUAAUUGAGAAUGACCAAAUCGAGUGUGUUUGUUUCUGCCACGUCAACAAACACACUCGUUCCUUGAGGCAGCAGAAGAAAGAGUGCGGUACAAACAGACAGACAGACAGACAGAGCCGCCAACGGUGUGCUGCUCAGAUCCAGUGCAACAGAAACACAAGAGCGGGACACAAUACAAGGCUGGCGGAGUGCAACAUACAUACACAUACAUAAAGUGCGACACAGGCUUAGUAGUAACACAUUGCCACAUUAUCCCUUGCCUGAGACACUUAGUAUUUGCACUCACUCACUGGUGGCGGAAACACUGAUCAUAACACCCUCAUGGCACAAGGAAUAGAACGAGGAAGCAGUGAAAUCUAAUCAGGAACGUCAUGGAAGACUCGAUAGAUAUUUACCGAUGAGUGAUAAACUGUAAAUGAUAUGUAGAGUAAGGAAACUAAUGAUAGGGAAAAGUGGGAUAGUUUAAGAAGAUGGGUGAAAACAGACCAAUGUAGUUUCUAAUUCGGAAUGUUAGAUGGAAGAGCGGACUAAACUAACACAUACAAAUGAAUGAUGAGUUGUAGAUGGUGUGUAUUAAAUGGUGAAACUAACAGUGGAAGAAAUUGGGUAUGAACUUAGAAUGGAAAGGUGAAAGACAGGCCAGUGAGUUUGGGUACGGAAUGUUAGCGGAGAGCGAACAAAUAUGGAUGAGUGAUUAAUUAUACGAGAAAUGUAAAGAAGCGAAUGAUAGCAAAAAAGGGAAAACUUGAAAUAGAAAAUAAGGAAAUGAAUGAUAGGAAAAAAAGGGACAUGUAGAUAAAACUAAUAUCCAGAAAGGAAAAUAAGAGUGGAGAAAUUCCGACGAGUGAUGAAAAAUGUAAAUGAAGUUAAAAAUAAGGAAAUAAAUGACGUAAAAAACAAACUUGACAUACCAGGUAAUACUUAACGUUAUUACCAGAUGGCCAGAAGGAAAAAUACAAAAAAAAAAAGUAGUAGACAUUCUAGUUUUACAUAGAUUCUUCAUUUUUCUGUAUAUCAUCUGUUUCCUGUCUUUGCACUCCCUUCUGGAUACUGAAGAUACAUGGGUGUUUGAGGGUACUGCUGUGUCCUUCAGACUCGUAAGCUCCCCUGUUCAUUUUUCAAGAGUAACCUCCCUUCCACCCCAUUCUACUUUUUCAUAUUCAUUUUUUCUGUAUAUCAUCCAUUUCCUCUCUUUGCACUCCCUUCUGGAUACUGAAGAUACAUGGGUUGGAGGCUACUGCUGUGUCCUUCAAUCUCGUAAGCUCCCCUGUUCAUUUUUCAAGAGUAACCUCCCUUCCACCCCAUUCUAGUUUCAUGUAUUCAGUAUUUCUGUAUAUCAUGUUUCCUCUCUUUGCACUCCCUUCUGGAUACUAAAGAUACAUGGGUGUUUGAGGCUACUGCUGUGUCCUUCAGUCUCGUAAGCUCCCCUGUUCAUCUUUCAAGAGUAACCUUGCACUCCAUUCUAGUUUUAUAUGUAUUCAUUUUUUCUGUAUAUUGUCCAUUUCCUCUUUUUGCACUCCCCUCAGGAUGCUUAAGAUACAUAGGGACUGGAGGCUGCUGUGUGCCCUUCUGUCUCAUAAGCCCUCAUGUUCAUCUUUCAAGAGUAACCUCCCUCCCACCCCAUUCUAGUUUAACAUGGAUUCAUUUACUGUAUAUCAUCUGUUUCUUCUCUCUUUGCACUCCCUUCAGGAUGCUAAAGGUACAUGGGAUACGAGGAUGUUGCCGUGCCCUUCAGUCUCAAGUCCCCAUGUUCAUCUUUCAAGAGUAACCUCCCCUUCCCUCCUUCCUUCACCUUUCCUCACAGUUCCAUUAUUUGCCUUUGUAUACAUGUAAAGAGAAUGCUUCACCGACAGAGCUCAGUCCUCUGUCCCACACAACUUGUAUGCAUCUUUUUAUAUAGUUCACCUUGCAUUCACUAUGAUGAGGGAUGUUUGCUGGUCUAUGUGCACUGUUUCGGUUGGUACUCAUGACGGAGAUGAUAGUACUGUGGAGGAUUGAGCUGAGAUGUAAGAAUUGAUUUUAAAAUAUAUACGUAUACUCUGUUGAUUGAUGAGCAUAAGGGAAAAUAAGGACAUCAAAUGAAAAGAAGAGAAAGAAUUUAUUAGCAUUUGUUUCUAUGGGUCUCGGACUUCGAUUAAGAUAUGAAAAAUUGAGGCAAGAUGUAUAAUGAUUGAAGUUAAAGAUGUAUAAUGAUUGAAGUUAAAAUAUAGAUCAAUCAGAUUUUAUUUGAAGGAAAAUUGAGCUGAGAUAUAAAGUUUGAAGCCAAACUAAACUAAAGAAAACAUUGGAUGAGGGUGUGAUGACAUAGAGAAUCACUGGGCCUAGAUAGAGGCUGGUGAAGACUUGAGCAAAGGGUAGGGCCAACACUGGGUAGGCAAAACUAAUACAUGAGAAAAAGAUGAAAAAAAAAAAAAGGCUUACCAAUAAUUCACUUCUAUUCCUCGACUCGGUUUACCAAAGUUAGCAUUCUCUCCCAACACGAGUACUAAUUGGAACAGUGCGUACAGACUGGUGGACAUGCCGUGAUAUCCCCAUUCAUGUACAAGUUGAAAUAGAUAAGUAUAAGGGGAGGGAGAUAAGUACCAUAUGAAUCUAUAAGUAUACAGUGUAAGUUGAGGUAUUAAUACAUCAUGUAGUGAACUAAGAUAUAACAUACAACUAAGAUAUACAUUCAUAUUCACACUUCACCUUCAUAUGGAGAUUAUUAAGUCAGUGUGUCCGUGAGUAUUGGAACGAUGCACUGCCGGAGGUGAAAUGUAUGUAUGUACUAUAGACGAGUCUCCGGAAAGAUAGGAUAUAUAUAUAUUAUUUUUCCUUAAUCUGUUGAAGGUCCGUAAAGUGUGACUAUUUCCUCGCAUAAUUAAAAGAUGUGGCAGACUCGUAGCUACUUGUUUCUGUUGAUCGUUUGCUAUAUAAGUUAAAUUUCGUGUUGAAGAAGCAAAGGAAAUAUUAGUCAAGUCGUUACUAUUAAUACUAUUACGAUUAUUAUUAUUAUUAUUAUUAUUAGGUUCAAGCAUAGUCCACCAGUCCCUUGCUAGCUUACUAAAGGAUAUGUGGCUGACUCCUUUCUGUACCUCUUGUUUGUUUUUGUCGAUGUUCUUUUAGUGUUAGUUGAUGAAUUCCGAGCUAAAGAAGAGAAUAAUUGGUGAGGCAUUUCGUACCCUUAUAUAUGUAUAGUUAUAAACAUGGCCCGUCCCUCGCUUCAAGGACGGGGCCAAAUCAUGCUUAUUUUGGUGGACUUCUUUGACGGUAACCUAGAAUUUGCGUGGAGGAAAAUAAAUGUCGAGGUAUUUUUAUCAUGUGCCGUAGUUGCGAAAGGUGACUCAUCCUCCUCCUUUGCUUGAUAAAUGAGGCUGAAUUUUUUGUUUUGUCGACGAUAUUUUCCCGUAAGCCGAAAUUCGCGCGGGAAAAUGACCAUUGACGAGGCAUUAUUACUCUUAUCAAAUAGUUUACGGCGCAGCCCAGACAGUGUAGUACUAUUAUUGCUUUGAAGACGGGCCGGCCUGAUUUGUUGUACCUGGUUUGUGGGAAAUCUCUCAGUUUCUUCGUUUACGUACGGCAGAUUGAAGGAAGGAAAGGAGAAAAGGUGCUGAGAAGGGAAGGGAAAGCAAAGUGCAAUUAUGUGAGUUAUGACGGAGUGUGUGUGUGUUGGAUUUGUCAAGUAAUACGGUGAUGUCAAAAGAGUGUUAGAAGCUAUUGAAGGGAACGGAAGACAGGAGUGCUUUCUGUUUGAUGAAGAGAGUGUUUUAGUGAAUGUAAGGGAAGGACUAUGGCAGCAGAGUGACUGUAUAUACUCUAUCAUUACCUCUUACAAACACAAGUGAAAAGAAUGCCUAUAAACGGAAACAAGAGGCAUCAAAACGAUUUCCAUAUAUAUAAACAGAGUAAACAGAGGCACCAGCUGUAAUGUUAGAGUUCCCUUGUACAUACAAAGUGUGUAAUACAAGAAUACCCUUUGAAACAACACAAUAUUCAUGGAAACGCGGAACGAAAAAGGAAAAUAUGAAAAAAAACGAGACUGUAGUGACGAGGGUGAGGGGAAGGACGUAAUAUGGAAAGUGUGAUGACGUGAAUGGAAGCCGAACGAAAAACUAUCAGCCAGUUAAUUAGUGUUGAAGGGAGUGUCGGGUGAAGAGAAAUGUGAUACGGCAACACAUGGAAAACUGAGUGGAGGAAAAACAGAAGUGCUUUUAGAGUAGAUUAGGUAUAGCGCUGGAUAAAGGGGGAUGGAGGGAGUGAAAGAGAGAGAUGAGAGAUAGGAAAAGAGAAAACAAACAAAAUAUAGAUAAAAAAAAUGAUUGAAAGAGUUGGUUGAAUGCAAGUUGAUGGUGUGUGUGUUGUGAGGGAGUUAGUUUAUCAGAGGAUUUCAGAACGUGAGUGGAAGAAAGAGAAAGAAAAGAGAUAAAAAGGAAACAGGGAAUACAACAGAAUAAGAAAAACAGGAAAAAAUAACAAGUGUGAAAAAGAGAAAUAUUGCUUAGUAAGAGUGAAAGAAAGAGAAGGAAAGAGAUAAAGGGGAAAAAAGGUGAGAAAUAUAAAAAAAUGAUUAACAAAAAGACAUUAUAAAGUUCAGUGAAAGAAAGAAAACAUUGAACAUAACAGAACAGAAAUUGAAUAUAAUGAAAGAAGAAUAGCAAGUGUGAAAAAAGGAAUGAUUGCCAAGUAUAUAUAAGAAUAGAAAGGAAGGGAUAGAGGGAAAGGGAGGGGAAGAAUAAAAGAGUGAAGGAGACGAAGAAAACCAUUACAAACAUAAGUGAUACAAAGAUCGGUAUUAUAAGUCACUUUCGCUUCUCACAUCAUCUAUUUCUGAAGGCCAAAGAGGAGGACAGUCGGGAUCUAAUGAGUGUUUCUUCAGGUUCACGGUACAGAGGAAGGGUCAAACUACCACCAGGGUCAUAAAGCUACUCCUGGAAAUGCCCACAACUCCUACGAAAGCCUUGUCAAAUAUGUGUUCUUGGGCGGCGAAAUGUCUUGUAAUACUAUCUAAAGAACUAACUCUGCCAUUAUCAUCCUCCCUUUGUAAGCAUAAGUAGCGUUACACAGUUAGUUAUACAGGGUCAGGAAGGACGAAGAGAGGAAGGGAAGACGUAUAUUAGGUACAUUAUAUAUAUAUAGACUCUAUUAUCGUUUUCUGCAAGGGGACGCAUACUACACACACACACAUCACGUUCCCUUGUGGAGUAUAAGUAAUAUGUAUGUAGUAUGAUUAUGUAUAUGUUUCUGUUUUUUCUUCCCCCCUCCUCGGUAGCAGUUCAAUUUCGCUUCGUAAGAUACUAUUUCAAGAACGUUUUAUUUUUGGUGUUUUUUGUUUGUAUCUUCGUGUGGCAUCCAUUCAUUCAUUCAGAGUUUGUUGAGAGAAUAUUAUUGGUUGUUGUUGCUCUUGUGUUAGGAAAGUUGUUUGUUGCUCUAUUAAGUAAAAAAAAGGAAGAAAACGUAGUAGUUUGUAAAUGAUUCAUACUACUUUGCCGAUGAUGGAAAACAAGGAAAUCAACAGACAUACAGAACCUAAAUAAAAAAAGAAUAUUAUUGAAUUUUCUUGAUGAUGGAAAAAAAACGAGAAAUUAAAAUGCAUAUACACAGAACCUAAACAAGAAGCGUUACUAAAUUUUGCCGUUGAUGGAAAAAAAAAGAGAAACCAAAAUGCAUACAGAAACUAAAUGAACACAAUACAGUUACAUAAUUUCCAGUACACUUCUGAAUUGGUGUAAAUGAUAAUGACAGACAAACAAUAAUGAUAAAAAGGAAAACACUGCUACCUACAUAUUUCACGGGGACUUACUUAUAUAUCGUACGAAGAAAGGUUCACUUCCAUACCGUACCAUAGUCGAUUGUUAAUACAGCCUUCUACAUUGCCUCCCAGCUUUCAUAGUCAUCCUCAGUGAUCUGUUUUUUCUAUUAUUGUUUUGUUAGUAUUUUCCAUUAGUCUUUUUUUUUACGGUAAUUUACUGCGUGUUAUCAUUGUUUUCUUUCCAGCUAUUUAGUGAUUAUUAUGUGUUAAGUCGUGUUAGCUAGUUGGCCGCUAUUUUUAAGUUCUGAUAAUCUUUUUUUUCUUUUUCGCAUACGUUCAGAGAUGGCUGAGUGUGUGUGUGUGUGUGUGUGUGUGUGUGUGCGUGCUUGUGUGUCAUCCGAACGCCUGCCUGGAGGGUCAUAGUUCUAAGUUUUUUUCACAUUUUUCUACUUCAGUUUGUUUUCUAGUAUUUCUUUCAAUUUAGGAAAAGCACUUAGGUAGAGAGAAAAAGAAAGAGAGAUGAAGAGCCAUGUAGUAUAUAUGUAGUUAGUUUUUUUUUUCUUUAUUUCUUUGUGUUUUCAUUUCUAUUAAUACUCAGACGUCACUGAUUAUUAUUAUUAUUAUUAUUAUUAUUAUUAUUAUUUUGAUUAUUAUUAUUAUUAUUGCAUCUUGUUAGUCAUAUAGAGGCAUUUAGCUGAUUAAGCUGUAGAUCAGUUUACUUUUAUUAUCAUUGUUAUAUUUUUAUUUAUUUAUUCAUCUUUUUUAUAUUCGCAAAGUUCACAAAAAAAAAACGUUAGUUCAGUUCGUCGCUUUGAAAUGUUUCAUCGAGGCGUUUGUUUCACUCUCUCGUUUCCAUUCGUUUAAUUUUUUCAUCUCAAACAUGUAAGACGUUUCAAUUAUUUUUAUUCAUCUUGUUUUUGUAUGUACCUUUAUUUCGUUCCACUUCUUACCUCAAGUUUUAUUUUUUGGUACAAACAAACAUGCACUUCAGAAUUAGUACUAUGAUAAUUUCCUUCCUUAUGUUUAUUUAUGUUAUCUCAAUUUUGUACUUCCUUUUUUUCUCUUCAUUUUUUGACACAAACUUGCACCCGGAAUUACUGUCCUAUAAUAAUGUCCUUCCUUAUGUCUUGUAUUUUUUUUAUUUUCUUACUUUUCAGCGUGUCCAGUUUAAUAAUUUCCCAGUCCAAACAUUAAAAGAAGCCAUUUGUUAUUAUUUUCUUUUUCCACUUAUUUUUUUUCGUGCCUUUUUGCUUCUUACCUCAAGUUUCAUUUUUCGAGACAAAUGUGCGCUCGGAGUUACUAUGAUGUCCCUCCUUAUGUAUUUUUAUUUCAUAUUAUUUCGUCUUGUCGGGUUUAAAUAAUUUCCCGGUUCACAUGUUUUAAAGAAGCUGUAUGUUAUGGAAGAAAAGCUACCCACUAUAAUUUCCUUCGGUACUUUUUUAUUUAUUCAUAUUUUUACAGCUUGUCGAGUUAAAUAAUUUCCCAGUUCACAUUUUAAAAGAAGCUGUUUGUUAUGGAAAAAAGCUACCUACUUUAAUUUCCUUCUCUUUUUAAUCUAUUCAUGUUUUUUAGCUUCUCGAGUUUAAUAAUUUUCCAGUUCAGAUGUUUAAAAGAAGUUGUUCAUUAUUUUCUUUUUCCACACCUCACUGACGCCGUUUGAAAAAAAGCGGUUUGUUAUGGAAAAGAAAAGCUCCAUACUAUAAUUUCCUUCCUUUCUUUUUAAUCUAUUCAUGUCUUUUUUUGAGCUUCUCGAGUGUAAUCAUUUCCCAGUUCACAUGUUUUAAAAGAAGCUGUUUGUUAUGGAAGAAAAACUACCUUGUAUAAUUUCUUUCCUUUUUAAUCUAUCCAUGUUUUUUUUAGCUUCUCGAGUGUAAUAAUUUCCCAGUUCACAUGUUUUAAAAGAAGCUGUUUGUUAUGGAAGAAAAACUACCUUGUAUAAUUUCCUUCCUUUCUUUUUAAUCUAUUCAUAUCUUAUUUUGAGCUUCUCGAGUGUAAUAAUUUCCCAGUUCAAAGAUUUCAGUAAGCCGUUUGUUUAUUAUCUUUUUCCACACCUCACUGAUACCGUUUAUUAUUAUGCUGCCGCUGCUGUCCUCCGUCAUACCUCCGCUGAGAAACAAAAAAUAAUAAUAUACCAAACGUUACUUUUUUGUCCAUUGCAGUAUUACCAUAAACUGUACAGUCAUGAU